CACAUUCCCCUCCCCACACCCAUCUCCCCACCUCUCUCUCUCUUUCCGUUUUCUCUUACUUUCUCACGUCCCAAACACUCUGAAUUCUCCCUUUUUCCUCCCCUCCAAACAUCCAUUUUCCUUCUCCCAAACAAGCCCCAAUCAAACAGCCAUGACAGACAGAGUAUACCCUAAGUCCACGGCACACCCACCACAACCCCUCAACGGUAGCGCCGGAACAAACUCAUUUCCGGCCACCAAAGCCCAACUGUACGGUGCCACCCGCCCCGCCUACCGCCCACAGCCCCAACGCCGCAGCCGGAGCAGGUGCUGCUCCUGCUGCCUCUGGUUCACCUUCGUCAUCCUCUCCAUACUCGUCCUCGCCGCCAUCGCCAGUGCAAUCUUCUACGUCCUCUACCGCCCCCACCGCCCCAGCUUCGCCGUCACCUCUCUCCGAAUCUCCCAAUUCAACGUCACCGCCACCAAGCUCACCUCCAAGCUUGACCUCUCCAUCACUGCCCGCAACCCCAACAAGAAACUCGUUUUCAUCUACGACCCCACCACUGUAUCGGCCGCCACCUCAUCUUCCGACGUCAGCGUCGGUACCGGCACCAUCCCUGCCUUCGUGCAUGGCACCAAGAAUACGACGUCGUUUAAAGUCCUCAUAUCAUCCACUUCAGAAACCCUCGACAGCUCGUCCAUUACAGCUCUGAAAUCAGAUCUCAAGAGCAAGAGCUUACCCCUGAAAUUUCAGCUGGACACCAAGGUGAAGGUGAAGGUUGGAGGGUUGAAGACGAACAAGGUCAAAAUCAGGGUCACAUGCGACGGCAUCAAAGCCACCAUUCCAGCCGGAAAGUCUCCGGGAAAGGCGUCAACGGAGAACGUGAAGUGCGAGGUUGAUAUCCGAGUCAAGGUCUGGAAAUGGACUUUCUGAGGAGAGGGGUGAAAAAUUUUAUUCUUAUAAUUUUUACAUUUUUAUUUUAUUUUUGUUGUUGUGAUAAUGUGUUUGUAUAAAUAGAA